GCCACUGGAGAGAAGACCGCUCCGCUCAGCGAGCUGCACAUCCAGCCGAACAAACCUGGGAAACUACAAAACCACGGAGCGUUUCUUCACGGGGUUCCGAGGCGGAAAAGUGUGGAGUUAAAUAAAGCCGUGUGUCGCGUUAAGUUUUGUUGUUCUUUUUUUUUAAGAAGAAGAAGAAGAAUAAGAAGAAGCUUCUUUUUUUUUAUUUUGUGGGGACAACAACAAUACUUGGGAGAGGAAAAAUAAAUAAAAGCGACCUUAAAAAACAGCUGUGAUGGACACAAUGAUUGCGGUUCAGGAUGCUUGCGUCUCCGGUCAGUGGCUUACUGCGAUCAUUUUCAGCCUGUGCUGCUUUCUGCCGUCCUGUUUGCCCGCCGGACAAACUGUGGACUAUUCUUCGGUGGAGAGUGUGGUGAGCAGACAAGGCGACACGGCUCUGCUGAGGUGUUACCUGUUGGAUGGGAUCUCUAAAGGAGCCUGGCUGAACCGCUCAAGCAUCAUUUUCGCGGGGGACGACAAGUGGUCCGUGGACCCGCGCGUGUCCAUAGUGUCCAGUGUCGGAGACAAACACGAGUACAGCCUUCAGAUACAGAAAGUGGAUGUUACCGAUGACGGCCAAUACACGUGUUCAAUUCAGAGCGAGCGCAACCCCCGGCCGAAGCUCCUCAACCUCAUCGUAAAAGGAGCCAACAGCAAUGAUGUGCAGGCGUACAUCAUGAUGAAAUAUGGAAAGCGAGAGCGACUUUGUGUUGGUGUGGCACAGUGUUACCUGUUGGAUGGGAUCUCUAAAGGAGCCUGGCUGAACCGCUCAAGCAUCAUUUUCGCGGGGGACGACAAGUGGUCCGUGGACCCGCGCGUGUCCAUAGUGUCCAGUGUCGGAGACAAACACGAGUACAGCCUUCAGAUACAGAAAGUGGAUGUUACCGAUGACGGCCAAUACACGUGUUCAAUUCAGAGCGAGCGCAACCCGCGGCCGAAGCUCCUCAACCUCAUCGUAAAAGUUCCACCUAAGAUAUAUGACAUUUCCUCUGACAUCACAGUAAAUGAGGGCAGCAAUGUGUCGCUCAUCUGCACGGCCACUGGGAAACCCGAGCCAACCAUUGCCUGGAGACACAUAACCCCAUCAGCCAGGAAGUAUGACAGCGGCGAGUAUCUUAACAUCACCGGCAUCACAAGGGACCAGGCUGGAGACUACGAAUGCAGCGCUUUAAAUGACAUUGCCUCUCCUGACACCAAAACAGUAAAAGUCACAGUCAACUUUCCACCGAGUAUCCAUGAAAUGAAGAGCCACGGAGUUGGUUUGGGGCGCACAGCACUGCUGCGGUGCGAAGCUGCUGCUGUGCCUUCUCCAACCUUCGAGUGGUACAAGGGUGAGAAAAGGAUCAUUAGGGGCCACGGUAUUGACAUCAAGAGCCUCACCUCCAGAUCAGUCCUCACAGUGAACAACAUGACAGAGGAUCGUUACGGGAACUACACGUGCGUCGCCAUCAACAAGCUGGGGACGGCUAACGCCAGCGUGCCUCUUAUUCCAAUUAUUGAGCCCACCACCACUAGUGCUGUCUCAAGCCCAGCGCCCAACACUGCGCCCUAUGGGAGCACAGGAAGCGCCCACGUCCCGCUGGCCUGUCGAUACCUGGUCCUGGCUCUCUCCUCCUUCAUCAGCGUGUACUAGCGGAGGCCGGCGCAGACACAGUGACUGUCGAGAGCAUUUAUGAGUCCUUUUUUUGACAUUGCUGAUGGCUGACAUCCAAUCCGGUACUGUUUGUUGGAAAGCUGAGGUGGGAAAAUAAUCAGCUUCUCUUUGUGUGGGGGAAUUAUUUUAUUUUUUUUCUUUGCUUUUUGGUGAAAACUCUGUCAUGUAAAUGCUAUGAUGUUAUUUUUUUUAUUAUUAUUAUCAUUUUCUCUUUCACAUAUCCUAUUUUCUUUUCUGAUUGACUGGCCACUUUGUGAAUUAGUGUUCACACCCCCUCACACCUCUCCGGUCAUAUCCACAGCCUCUCAAACGAGUUACUUUCAUGCAUCUUUUUUUCCCUGCGAGGCGACGGCGCAAACUUUUCCAUUCAUUUUUGUACAUGGAUAAAAAAAAGAAGCAAUUGUGCCAAGUCUCUGAGUACACAGAUUACCAUACCAAUGUUGCAUUGAAUGUAUUAUGGGCUGUUGGACAAAGGAAAGACAUUUAGAUUCCUAACAAUAACAUUUUUGAUUAUAGUGUGCUUAAAAAAUACAGGGGGGAAAAAAGAGAGGGGGGGACAAACAAAGAACAAAAAUGGCAGGGUUUUUUUUUCCGGGAUUCGUGUCGCCAUGCUUACUCAGUAGGUGGAUAAACAGUGUUGAAGGUGUGCUUUGUUGUAUUUUGGAAAUGGGUCCGUCAUUUACCACGCCUGCCUAGCAGCUUUGAUCAGGCAGCCGUCAAAGUAGCAAAAUAUCCUGUAUCGUAUCUUUAUAUUUUACUAGAGUGUAGGCUUUGGUUUGAACGUGGGACCAGCUUCUCUCAUCCGACCGGGAGCAUUAACACAAACCGUGACUUUGUACAGUAUGAAUGGAUGAGACAUCGCUGCGCUUUUUGUUUACAUUUUUCCGAAGGUACUACAGCCUACUCUCCACGCUCGUUCUGAGGGUUUCAGCAGUUUACUGCAAUUAGGAGGAAAAAGCGGAGCCCGAGUUCAGCUGUUUCAGAAGUUGCACUUCUUCAGAAGAAAUCUCUUUCUACAGGCGUCAGAGCUGAGCCCUUUUGUUUCUGAACUUGGUUCUUUUUAGCUGAAAUCCCACAGCGGCAAACUGCAGUUUUUGGCUGGAAGUUUUGCCAGAAUACUUGGAUAACCAAGUCAGGAGAGAAAAAAAAAAAA